AUGUCUGCUCAGGAGCCCAUGCCAACGCCCCUUCACGGGUAUGUCGGGUUCGACACCUUGACAAAGCAAGUCGAGCUGAAGAUGAUGCGCCGAGGCUUCCAGUUCAACAUUAUGCUGGUUGGACAGACUGGUCUCGGUAAAAGCACCAUGAUCAACACCUUGUUUGCUUCUCGUCUGAUGGAAAGCAAGGGUCGUCUUGACCCUGCAGAGGAGAUGCGUCAGACUACAUCGAUUGAGGUGGUCUCGCAUGUCGUUAUUGAGAACGGCGUGAAGCUCAAGCUGAACUUGAUCGACACACCGGGCUACGGUGAUUUGAUCAACAACGAACAAAGCUGGGAGCCCGUUGUGAAAUACAUCAAGGACCAGUAUAGCGUGUACCUCCGCAAGGAGCUGACGGCUGUCCGUGACCGUCACAUUCCGGACACCCGUGUGCACGCUGUGCUCUUUUUCAUCAACCCUUCUGGCCACUCGCUGCGUCCGAUUGAUAUCCAGGUGCUUAAGAAGCUGGGCGACAUUGCGAAUGUCAUCCCUGUCAUUGCGAAGGCAGACACUCUGACGCUGGAGGAGCGUGAGGUGUUUAAGGAGCGUGUUCGUGCAGAGAUGCAGAACAACGGAAUCCGUGUGUAUCCGUUUGAUCAUGAGGACUAUGACGACGAAGAGCGUGCUCUCAACAGUCAGGUUCAGGCGAUGCUGCCAUUCGCGGUGGUAGGCUCGACGAAGGUCUACGAUGUGAACGGUGUGCCUGUCCGUGGACGCCAGACGCGUUGCGGCCUGGUCAACAUUGAGGACCCCUCGCAUUGUGAGUUUGUGCCUUUCCGCAACUUCCUUCUUCGCACCAACAUGCAUGACUUGAUUGACACGACCACAUACACGUAUUACGAGUCUUUCCGUUCGAAGCAGCUUCUGGCGCUGAAGGAAAGCAGUGUAAAGCAGCACCAGCAGCAGGCGCAGCAACAGCAUCAUAUGUAA